AGACAGGUGGAGAAGUAUGCAAGGCAUUGUGGGAAGCGGAGUCUUACCUGAAGGAGGGUUGGUUUCUCUGUGCAGAAAUAAUACAAUUGCAAUUACCUGUAAAGGAAUAUUUUGAUGUUAUUUCAUAUUUUAAAUGUGCUUGGGCAUCCCCUUUAAAUUCAUUGUCCUCAGUUAGGGGGCAGCUACAGGUAAGGUGCCUAAUCAGAGAACCCCAAUGACCAGAAGGGGCAGGAAGUGAAUUAGUGGCAGGAAGUGAAUUAGGGGCAGGAAGCGAAUUAGGGGCAGGAAGCGAAUUAGGGGCAGGAAGUGAAAUAGGUGCAGAGAUACAGAACUUCCUGUGCUUGGUGGUUUAGCUGAUCGGUAACCAGGGACUGAGAAUGAGAACGUGGGAGGGAACGCUCACUUCUCUGGUCCAAAUAGUCAGCUGACCCAGGAAACCACUGCUCAUCUGGGAGGGACUGCGUGCCAGCAAUGUUGCAGCAAAGCAAAAAGACUGUAUCCUGCCUCUGAGAGACAGACAGACAGAGACACAGAGACAGAGAGAAGAGCACCAGCUAGAGAUACACAGUUACAAGGGUGAAGGAGAAGGAACUGAAUAAAGAAGGAGUCAAGAUACUGAGCUGGAAGAGAAAAGGUUUCAGCAGAAUUCUAGAUAAUGACCACAUCACAUUCUCAGGAAAGUGAGAUAAAAAGUGGAGUGAGUGCAAAAAGGGGAAGGAAAAGAGCAUAACGGGCAAGGGAAAGAAGAAGUGGAAGGGAGAGGCUCUCAACCAAGAGGGACAGAUAGGCAAAGAGAGAAGAAGAAGAGGGAAGGAAGAGGGCAAAGAGAGAAAGAUAAAGCUUAAGUAAGAAAGAGAAAUAGGAGAGUAAAGCAAAAAGGACAAAAAGUAGCUAAACAAUAGAUACUAGAGAUAGACAGCAGAAGUGCAAGAGGAUGAGGAACAACCAAGGAUAAAAGAAAGGUUAGAAAUAUGAGAGUAAACUUAUAGAAACAGAGGUCCGGAUAUAAAAGUGAAGCAACAAGAAAAGGUCAAAGAGAACAAGAAGCCAGAGAAAUAUAAUAGAGACAAAAGAGACAGAGAGAGAAGCUAAAGAUAAGGACAAGAAGGUGAGAGUCACCAUGAGAGUGUAGAUAACAGAGGCUAGAGAUCAAGAGAAGGGGAAAGUUAAAGAGGUGUAAUCCGGAAGGAGAUGCUUUACGUACCAUAAGGAACAGAAGGGUAGGGGAGAAGGAGGCGCAAAAAGGACUAGAGAUAAGAGGAUAAAAAACGGUGAGGAGCAUAGGGUUACGGUAGAAAGAAAGCUUAGGGUAAAUAGAGGGGCAAGGACAAAGAGGAGCUGGCAAAAGUAGAGGUUACAAAAAGAACAAGACAGAGUUAGAGAAGAAAGCAAAGCUCUAGAGGGAACAGGGAUGCACUUGGCUCCAGAAGAAGACCUGUCCCACUCUACAGACAUUCAGUGGAUUCUUGGAGGACUUGGCAUUUCCAUCAUGGCAUUUCUUUUGGGUUGUAUCACCUGCUGGCAAAGGAAGGAGCGCUUUAUUGCCCCGAGACGGCCGGCACCCCCGACUCCAGAACCUGGAUCCCUCUCACAAUACCACAUGGCAGAUGCAGAUGACUAUGAAGAAGAUUUUGAAGUCCCCGCUCCAAGGAAAGAGCCUCCUAAAACCAAACAAUAUUCUCCAUCUCCAAGGAAAUUCACAACCGAAACCAACAGUCACAGCAGCUACGCAAACGUAGAUCCUGAGCCCAGUUAUGAAAACGUUGAUAACAGUGCAUCUAACAAUCUUCGCCCAGUAAAUGAUCACACGUACCUGAAACUCAUUGCCGAGGAUGAGACCACCAAAGAGACACAUUUGACUGCUACACAGGCAACAAUGCACACCACGCCCCCCUGUGAUGGACUAACUACACAAGAUCCCUUGAAGGGCAGCAGGAAAUCCAUGUCCAUCCCAGAAAGCCUGAGCAAUUCCUAUGAGAAUGUGAUGCAGCAAAGCUCCCCCACAAGCUUGGAGCUGAACCCAGAUUAUGUAAACGUGUAACAGGAGCCCCAACCUCUGGCUGGAGAACAGGAAGGGUGGGCAUCGGGGCACGGGGAAGCUUUUCUAUGACUUUCCAGGAGCUCUUCAUCUGCUCCAUAGACUCAUUGGAACUUUUAGUGGCUUCCAUCUGAAACCCAAUCAAAAUUGUAGAACUCUGCACAAGUAGGGCUUCAUAGUCCCCAUGCCUUAAUGCAGUGAUCCCCAACCAGUAGCUCGUGAGCAACAUGUUGCUCCCCAACCCAUUGGAUGUUGCUCCCAGUGG